CUCACAUUCCUCCGUGUCAUUGUCUUUCUCACAUUCAAAACACCUUCUCCUUCCAUUCUAUUUAAGAAAAGCAGAGAGACCUCAAUUCGCAAUAACGUAGCUCAGAUCUUCACACCCAUAACCCACUGAUAGGUAAUCAGACACAUUUAGUUGGUGCCCAUGGGAACAGUUGUUGAUGCUGCUGCUAAGAAGGAGGCUAAUGGAAGCUUAGCUGAUCUGAACCCUACAGUUGUUUUUGUAUUGGGUGGCCCUGGCAGCGGAAAGGGUACCCAAUGUGCAAACAUUGUUCAGCACUUUGGGUAUACCCAUCUCAGUGCUGGUGAUCUUCUACGAGCUGAAAUCAAAUCUGGUUCUGAAAAUGGGACCAUGAUUUCAAAUAUGAUUAAAGAAGGAAAGAUUGUUCCUUCCGAAGUAACAAUUAAACUUCUUCAGCGAGCAAUGCUGGAAGGUGGUAAUGACAAAUUUUUGAUUGAUGGGUUUCCUCGUAAUGAAGAAAAUCGUGCCGCAUUUGAGGAUGUGACUAAAAUCGAGCCUUCAUUUGUCCUGUUUUUUGACUGUUCUGAAGAGGAGAUGGAGAGGCGCCUCUUGGGUAGGAACCAGGGAAGAGAGGAUGAUAACAUAGAAACAAUAAGGAAGCGAUUUAAGGUUUUCCUAGAGUCUAGUCUCCCUGUGAUAGAGUACUAUAACUCCAAGGGGAAAGUUCGGAAGAUUGAUGCUGGAAGGCCCGUUGAAGAAGUUUAUGAGUCAGUAAAAGCUAUUUUUGCCCCAAAAAAUGAGAAGGUAAUGGGCCAUUGCCAUGCUUUGAUGAAAUGCUUAAUCUUGUUCUGGAUGUAAUGGUUUAAGAUAUGAUAAGGGAAUUUGUAGAUGCUGUUCAAUGGGAGUGUAUUGUCUUCCUAGUGUGGUUUUGUAAAUAUAAUUGGUGAACUAAAUGCUUCAGAUAGUAAGCUUUAUUGGCAGCCUAUAUUGGGAAACCAACUUCAUUAGAUAACAAAAGGGGACAUUUGAGUUUAACGUUUUAUGAAAGUGAAGGAACUUUUUAGAAUUACAAAUGACCUAAGUAUGAUGUAGUUUAAUGUUGACAUAUGUUUCCUUA